CAAUUCCCUCUUCACCACUUCGGUCUUCACCGGAAAACAUCACCAAUUCCCGUCGAUCUCGAAAUCUCUCGCCGGUGAAAUUACCUUAAUCUUCUCGCAAAUCCAAUUGGUGUUUUAGCCUCUUUGGUUGGAAAGUGUAAAUUACCAUCUGGUGCUACAAAACAAAAUUUCCGGCAAGGAAAAUGGUUUAUCAUUCCAGUUUUGUUGACGAGGAAGGCAUUAGUAAAGCUUGUGGAUGCCCUUUAUUACCUCUGAAAAGCCAUAUAAGGGGACCUGCUCCAGUUUCAGAACAAGAUACAACCGAUAUUGUUGAUGAAGCAAUCACAUUCUUCCGAGCAAAUGUCUUCUUCAAAAACUUUGAUAUUAAAAGCUCAUCUGACAAGCUGCUUAUCUAUUUGACAUUGUAUAUCAAUAUUGCUCUAAAAAGGCUUGAAGGCUGCAGAACUUUAGCUGAAGGAACCAAGGCUAUCAUCAACCUAGGUCUGGAAAAUGUUCCUGUUCCUGGAGAGGCAGGUUUUCCAUUCCCAGGCUUAUUUGCUCCAGCCCAAACUCAAAAAGAAGCAGAACUAUUCAGGAAUUAUCUGAAGCAAAUAAGGGAGGAAACUAGCGGGAGAUUAUUAAGCGUUGCUUAUCGGCCUAACGGAACUCCUAACAAAUGGUGGUCAGCAUUUUCCAAGAGAAAGUUUAUGAACAUGGUUCUUCCUUGAAAUAAGGUUCUAAUGAUGACCAGAGCUUCAACUUCUGCAGAGAGUGAUUUUGCUACUACGAAAUUGUUAGACUACCUAGUAAGGUUGGUUUUGUGAUGAACAAUAACUGGUGAUGCAUAACGUUUGUCAGGACGAGACUUUCUAGAGCAUCUAAUAUGCUUACCUAAAGAAUAAUGUUUGCCUCAUUACAUGUGUUAUCAAUGAAUAAUCGAACUGUGAACACACAAGAUUACCUACUUUCUGCAUUUUGUAAAUUACUCACUCUACUUGUAAUUGCUCAAGUAGUGGGGAUUCAUACAACCGACCCAUACUUGCUUGGGAUUGAGGCAUAAUAGUUGUUGUUGUACUUGUAAUUGCUCAAACUACAUAUUGUUUAGUGUAAAUGUGUGAACCAAAAUGACCCAAUUUGUUGUUUUUUAUU